AGCCGUGGGUUCCGAGUUUUCUAUUUACGGACAUGGCGACGCCGACGAAGCGAAAAAUUGAAAAUGCUCCAAACCCUGAUGGUGCAAAGACAAUCCGAGGUUUGGAUUUGCCCACCUUUGACGGUGCCGGGCUGCAUAUUGGCAUCGUGAGCGCUCGAUGGAACUCGGUGGUUUGUGAAAACUUGGUCGCUGGGGCAGUUGAAGCUUUGAAAUCCUGCAACGUGACUGACAUCACCACAGAGUAUGUUGCUGGGUCCUACGAGAUUCCGCAGGCUGCGCAGGUCAUGCUGGAGUCGGGCAAGUUUGAUGGCAUCAUUUGUAUUGGCUGCCUCAUCAAAGGCGGCACCAUGCACUUCGAGUACAUCUCGGAGGCGGUAACUCAAGGAAUCAUGAGAUUGAACCUCGACUACAAGCGUCCAGUGAUUUAUGGAAUCCUUGGCUGUCUCAAUGAGGAGCAGGCUAAAGAGCGAGCUGGAGUUGAUGGAGCUGGACAUAACAGCGGCAAGGACUGGGGCAUCACUGCUGUGGAGUCCUGCUUGCUGACGAAGAAGUACUCGAAAUGAGCACCUUCUGCGAGGGUGGAAAA